AGCGCGCGCGCCACCAGGAAAUGGAGGCGCGGUGACGAAGAAGAUGAUGAUGUAGCUGCGGCCGCGCAAUAUUCGGGGCAGCCACAGAGCAGAGAGGAGGAGAGAACAGAGAAAAACUUCUUCAAGGAUACCGGGGACGAUGAGCGACGCAAACCAGCCCAAACUGGAACUUUUUGUGAAGGCGGGAAGUGAUGGACAGAGCAUCGGUAACUGUCCUUUCUCCCAGCGCCUCUUCAUGGUGUUGUGGCUGAAAGGAGUCACCUUCGAUGUCACCACCGUGGACAUGAAGAGGAAACCAGACAUCUUGAAGGACCUGGCACCGGGGGCUCAGCCUCCUUUCCUGCUGUUCGGGAGCGAGGUGAAAACCGACACCAACAAGAUUGAGGAAUUCCUGGAGGAAACGCUCAGCCCUCCAAAAUACCCCCGUCUGGCUGCUCGGAACCCGGAGUCCAACACUGCAGGUCUGGACGUCUUCUCCAAGUUCUCGGCCUACAUCAAGAACUCCAACCCCCAAGCUAACGAGAAUCUGGAGAAAGGUUUGCUGAAGGCUCUGAAGAAGCUGGACGACUACCUCGGCUCCCCACUUCCCGACGAGGUCGAUGAGAAUAGCGCCGAUGAGGUCACUUCCUCCUCGCGGCCCUUCCUGGACGGCCAAAACCUCACUCUGGCCGACUGCAACCUGCUGCCGAAGCUCCACAUUGUGAAGGUGGUGUGUUUGAAAUACAGGAACUUCAGCAUCCCCGACUCUCUGACAAACCUGUGGAGGUACCUGAACGCGGCGUACGCCAAGGACGAGUUUUCCUCCACCUGCCCUGUAGAUGAGGAGAUCCACAGCGCCUAUUCCUCUGUAGCUAAGGCCCUCAAGUAGGACGACAGCAGCAGAACAAUACACAAAAUCAUUAAAAACUAAAAAAAAGCACAUCCCCAUUCUGUCCCAAAACAAACUCUGCAAGCAGCACGUUUUCUUAGCUUUGUUUUUUUACGAUUUAAUUGCCUUUAUCAGCAAAAAAUUAGUCUAUCAGUGUCCAGUGUUCUCCUUUUACACCAGCAGGGAAGCAGAAAUGCCUCCUCGUCUCCGGUGACGAUAGCGUCACCUCCUGCUACGUCGUGUAGCUCCUGAAGCUGCCUCACAUUAGGUGAAGAAGCCACAGCAGAUCCUCACUGACACUUCAUGCUUCUAUUUUUACGUUUUCCUUUUGAGGUCAUUUGAACCGACACAAAGCUGCCUAACGGGUUUCAAGCCUUUCACACGUGCAGACGCCUCGUUUUCCUUCCUGCUUCGGGACAUUUGCAUACCAGCAUCACCUGCCAAAGAGCUUUCUGUGACGGCGCGUCAUCUCUUCUGCCUUUUUUUUCAUUUGGGAAAGAAAAACGUUUGAGCUGUGAGAUGUGUGACAUCAUCGAGGCACCUCAAAGAAGGGAGGAUGCGCAGUGCAGCUUUGAGAAAACAGGAAACGGUGUCAGAAGACUCCGGCUUCCCCUUUCUGAGCUUCUCCUGCAGGCGUGAGGGGUUGGGUCACGCUUACCGAGCACUUUCUAAACUGCUGUGUGAACUUGAACUCAUUUCCUAGAGCUGCUGGGCUUUGGAGUUCUCCUCACUCAAAAGCUCUGCUUUCUCUUUAAUCACUAAAACUGCCGUACUGGAAGAAACACGGUCAGAGUUUCGUGUCAAAUCUCUCUCUUUUCAUGACCUCUUUACAUUUGUUUUCAAAUCUAUAAAUAGCCUUUUAGCAGCUAACAGCUUGUCUGCUAAUUUUAGGUAAUGAAAUUUUAAUCAUGCAAUCGCUCUGUUUAAAUGACAACACGUUUUUGUAUGUUAUAAACAAAAAACUGUAGAAUCAGAAGGAAAUUAGGUCAGUAUUUUACAGAAGGGUAAACUUUUUAUUAGUCACUUAUUAUAGUUAUAAAACAAAAACUUAAUUCAUCUGAAAGAUCCACCUCCAACUUUAUGUAAACCUGAUUUCCAAAAAGCUUUUCUUAGUUAUUAUUUCUAUUUGACCUCUUUUAUAAAUGUUGUCAUUUUCUUUUGAAUUUUUUUUUAAUGGAUCGUUUGAUUUGAUUUGGUUUAUUUUCAGGCAUUAAUUGAAGUCAACACAGAAAUAUAUUACAGAAAUAAUGAAAUGCAUAAAUACAAUUAAAAACAAACAAACUGAAACAAAGACACACUUAAGUCCUUUUUGCUUCAUUAAAUAUAGUGAUCAUUAACUAAAGUCACUUUGAAAGUCUGCUGUUUCCACGCUUUCCUCUUUCUGAAGUGUUGGGAGAUAAAAACAUCCGCUUGUUGAGUUUGUCAUUUUGGGUCUUGUGCCGACUGUUCGCUGCCUCCACACGGUCCGCUUUUACUCUUUUAAGCCAGAGACAAAGUAUUUUGAAGGAAACCGAAGUGCAACUUUAAGCCAUUAGAGGGUUUUCUGACUUUUCAAUUGGUUGUUAGCUUUGCUAAUGAAAGAGAUUGAAUAUUUAACUCGUCUGAUUUCAUGUGGAUUGGAACAUUUUCUUUAUGUAAUUUAAUCUAAAAAGGGAUCUGAAGUCUGAAUUUUCAUUAAAAACAGAAAAAAAAUCACUUUUUAUCGUCUAGAAUAGAAGUAGAGGGAUCUUUUUAUGUAUUAAUUCCAUUUCAUUUCUUCUUUUUUUUUGCCUCUCUUCUUUUGACAUCAUGUUGUUGAAAGAGCGACAACAUCCCAGCAGGGGCUGGACUCACAGAUGAAGACAAUCAAGCUAUUAGCACUUCUGAGAUGUUUUUUUGUACUAAAAAGUUCUUUGAUCUAUUAAUGUCCCAAUAAAAUGUUAAUAAACUCUU